GCCUUACUACUCUUAACAGAACUAAAUAGGAUAUAAAGUCCCUAGUGCAUCUGUGAAGCUUUCAUGGGGAACUCCGGUGCAUUUCAUAGUUCACUUACCCUACAAUCCUUAACUGUCUUCUCCCUCGUUGCUGUUUUUGCAGCAGAUCAUGUCCAGGGAGGAGAUGAUGGGUGCUCACCUUUCUCCUGUGGACAUCUCCGAGACAUAUCAUAUCCUUUCCGUCAGCGAGGUGAUCCUCUUGAUUGCGGUGUUGAAGCAUACGAGCUGGGUUGUACCAGUAGCAAGGCUACAAUUCACAUCAACACAGGAACAUACUAUGUGACUGCCAUCAACUACACUGGUUCCUACUUCUGGGUCAUGGAUCCCAUCUUCAAUACCAAUAGCAGCUGCCCUCUUCCACUGUGGAAUCACGUUCCUUACAUUGGUACAUACUUGGGCGGAAUUGAUUCAGUUUCACCACCUGGCUUUCGGUAUUUGGUCUCUCAAAGCUAUGAAGCAGCUUGUUUUGCUAAUUGUUCGCAAGCAGUAACGAAUAAUAGUGCAUACAAACCCGUUGCUUGCCUGAGUGCCAACAAUUCACAUGUUUAUGUCUGGGUGUCUAAUUACACAUAUUGUGUGGUUGAAGAUCUUGAGCCUUAUUGUGGAUACCUGGCCAAGAUUCCAUUUGGUAACGAGUAUUCUUCUGAUUGGGGACCGCUACAGAAUGCAAGUUAUGCAGAUAUCACACAAUUCAUAAGUAAGGGCUUUACUGUCCGAUUUCCUGUGGACACCAUGGGGCCUUCUGCUUCUGUGAAGUUAAGAAAGAACAUCAAUUUAUGCCUCAACAAUUCAAUCAGCUACUUCAAGGAGCAAUCAUCUGGUGCAAGCAUCGUGAAUUGGACUCAUGCUUUUUUCUGGAGUGAAGUGCACUUCUUAGAAUGCGUGACUCAGUUGUCCAACGAUCACUACUACACAACACCGUUUGUUUUGGUUGUUGUGACCAUAUUAUCUGCGAUUGCUAUCCCCAAGUUCUUUUUCGUACUAUUGAGGUUAUUGUUGGCACCCCUAGCUGUAUGGAUAUUCCUAGCAUACAAGUACUGGAAAACAAGGAUCAUAAUUGAUGCAGUUGAGAAGUUCCUCAGGAUUCAACAAAUGAUUGGCCCAACAAGGUACGCCUACACAGACAUCGUUGUAAUCACAAGCCAUUUCAGAGAUAAAUUGGGCCAAGGGGGCUACGGUACGGUGUACAAGGGUGUGCUUCUCCCAGGUGGCGUCCAUGUCGCCGUCAAGAUGCUAGAGGGCAAUUCCAACUGCAAUGGAGAAGAUUUCAUCAGCGAGGUCUCCACCAUCGGCAGGAUCCACCACGUCAACGUGGUGCGUUUAGUGGGGUUCUGCUCGGAGGAAAUGAGAACGGCCCUAGUCUAUGAGUACAUGCCCCAUGGUUCUCUGGACCAGUACAUCUUCUCUGCUGAGAAAAGCUUCUCAUGGGACAAGCUCAACGAGAUCGCUCUGGGCAUUGCCAGGGGGAUCAACUACCUACACCAAGGGUGCGACAUGCAGAUUCUGCACUUUGACAUCAAGCCACACAACAUCCUUCUCGACAGCAAUUUCGUCCCAAAGGUCGCCGAUUUCGGGCUCGCCAAACUAUACCCGAGGGGUGACAGUUUCGUGCCACUGAGCGCCAUGCGGGGAACCGUCGGCUACAUAGCCCCCGAGAUGAUAUCCCGGAGCUUCGGUGUCAUAUCCAGCAAAUCCGACGUGUACAGCUUCGGGAUGCUGCUGCUGGAGAUGGCCGGCGGGAGAAGGAACGCUGAUCCAAACAUGGGGUCCUCAAGCCAGGCAUACUACCCAUCAUGGGUGUACGACCAGCUGACUCAGGAAGAAGCGGGCGAGAUAUCUCCAGUUAAUGCCGACAUGCACGAGCUGGAGAAGAAGCUGUGUAUUGUCGGAUUAUGGUGUAUUCAGAUGAGGUCUCGUGAUCGGCCAACAAUGAGCGAGGUCAUUGAGAUCCUGGAUGCCGGGACCGACAGCCUGCAGAUGCCUUCAAGACCGUUUUUCUGUGACGAAGGGCACAUCCAUGUGGACGACUCUUACCAUUUCACUUCCGAGCUGACGGUGGUGUCAGAGGAGGAAUCGACUGCGGUGUCAGAGGAAGACAAUUUGUGAGGUAUAUAUAAACGAUGUGUGAUAUAUUUUGUGUAUGUAAUCUGCACUUAUAUGUAUGUGUUCACGGAGUGAUGCACUUAGCUAAUAAAAGUGACGCAGUUUUGUAACAGUAUAAAUCUUUUGUGCAAACUGUCAUCCUUGUUCUGCACUUCAUUAUUGGAGAAACAGGGCAACUUCAAAUUAGUUUAAAAAACAGGACAACUUCAAAUAAGUUUCAAAUCUUACAUCCAUCUAUUUUUGUCUUUUCAGUACUGUUGAUACAAAUUCUGACCGAAAAUAUUGUUUGAACCAUCUGUGAGAGGUGACAAAAGAAC